AAAAGUGAAGUGCAUCAAUCCCCGUUCCCUGAUUGGUUAAACUCCGAGCUACAUCAUGCGUCUGUAUGUGGGUGGUGCUUCCUCUGUGCUAUAGAGCAGCGGUUGCCUCUCAGAACUACAAAUCCCAGAAUGCCAGCGCAAAAGGAAGGAAGACGCAUGUGGCCAAUCGGAGCUCGUCUUGUUACUUAACUUCUGCCAGGAGCGGCUGCAGUGUGAGGCUUGCACCAUGACAAAGUGUAUCGUAAAGGGGUGUUCGAACACAACUCAGAAGAACAGUGGCGUUACACUUCACGGUUUUCCAAGCUCACUCAAUGCAAUUAAGUUGUGGCUCCAACAGACUGGCAACGAUUUUGGUGAUGUGGAUGCCUUUGCCAAACGCAUCCUUGACUCAAGAAGCAGGUGGAUAUAUCGGAUGUGCUCCAAGCAUUUCUCGCCACAGAGUUACAUCUGGAGCGGUAAGAAACUGAUUCUGAGGCCUGACGCUGUACCCACCAUAUUCCCAGGGAAAAUGAACAGGUACAUCAUGGAGGAUGUGCUGGGUUUUACACGGUCUGAAAGUGCACAGGUGGAAAUGCAGUUGCAGCUGGAUUCCAUUACAGAGCAACAUGGCGGACACCAUCCAACAUCACUCUGCAAGUGCCAGACCACGGGAGUGCCACAAAGAAAAAAACCUGAAAAUCGAUCUAAAGAGGAGAUGAAACCGACGCCAGCACCCUCCAAUGGCAAAGUCAUGGUGGACAAGUCUACAAACACAGAUCCAAUGGUCGGUAAGGAAGAUAAAGGCACGCUGUGGCCUGAAUUUGAAUAUAAUUUUGAUGGUGAGCCAUGGAAGAUAAAGCAUGAUCACUUCUACCCACAUGUCCGUGCGGUGAAAGAACCAAAGAAAAGGGGGAGGCCAUCAAAGCGGAAGGAUGACUUUUGGUGCACAAACGAUUAUGAAUCGAUUAAGAACUCCCUUAACCACAAGCAUCGCUAUCCACUCACCGAUUCACCGUAUAUAUUUAUUGAGAAGGAUUAUUUUGACGCAGACAUGGUACCAAUAAAAUCUGGGGACGUGGCUGUCUUUUUCUCCAGAGAAGAAUGGAAGUACAUAGAACAACACAAGGAGAACUACCAGGACAUGCUUCCCGACGAGCCACCCUUCAGCAAGUUUCGCAUCCCAGAGAGCAGCGGCCUAGAUAAUGCCAACAACGAGACUUCAGCUGCAGAGGUCAAUUCUCUAGGGCCUGCUACGGAUUCACCUACAGAUGAUAGCAAAGAUGGAAUGUUAAUUACGGAAGAUGGUCUGUAUACAUCCCUGCCCGUUGAUGAUGCUCCUGCCAGUCCCACAGAACACAUUAAAGAAGAAAUAGAAGAAAUAAGGAUUUCAGACAAGGGCUUUCAGGAGACUAAGAGUGAAUGUAUGGACUAUCCUGCAGAUGAAGUGAAAGAAGAAACAGAGGCCUUUUCCAUUAAAGACAGGCAUUUGGAGCAAAACCUGGAUUAUUCAUCAGAUGACUUCUUCCCCGAAGACAGAAAAAGAGCUUACAAACAAGCUCUUUCCGAUGAACAUGCCAAAGCUCAUUGCUUGAUGAGUGAAGAGAACUCUAAUGAAAACGACACAAAUAAUAAAAAGAACCCUUGUGUCAAUGCAUCUCCUGCCAACAAUGUUGGAGAAGGUGAUGGGAAGGAGGACAACAGGUCGGAUCAAGACCUUGAAGAGGGAGGUGUGUGGCCCCGUCAGUGCAAAGUCUGCAGUAUUUGGUUCCCAAACUAUUUCCAGCUUUCUCUCCAUUUAAAGACCCACGCUGUCAAGAAGCUCUUGAAGUGCCCAACCUGCCAGAAAGGCUACAGAUACCAGUCCCAAUUAAUCACCCAUCAGAAAACACAUAGAAUCAAGCAGCGGGUUUACACCUGCCCCGUAUGCUAUGUCCAAUACGCACAGAAGUGCCAGUUUGCUGCCCACAUGAGGAUCCACCCUGGUGAGAAGCCGCACAUGUGCGAUGAAUGUGGCAAGUGCUUCGCCCAGAAGGGUACCCUGGUUCUACAUCAGAUGAAACACAAAGGACUGAACCCAUACAAAUGCAAACAGUGCGGGAAGCAGUUUGAAAAUAGAUCUAAACUCAUAAAACACCUAAAAUUCCACCGAACUGAGAAAAAUCCCACAACCAGUUGAUGUUUGGGUGUACUCCCCUUGAGUCCUCAUAUAGAGAAUAACAAUUCAUAACUUAUUUGUCUGCAGUCAGCCUAGGAAAAACUCACCGCCAGGCGGUCUUGGCAGGAAAUGAUCUCUGCACAUUAUACCAGUGUGUUCUGUUGGGCUACUGGCAGUGAAUUAUGGGAAAUGUAGUUUGCCAACAGCAAGAGAGUCACAUCAUAGGUAAUGGUGUAUUUAACAGAAGUAUAGUUGGUUGUUAUAAGAUCGCAGAUCAUUCCCUAAAAAUAUGGAGAGAAAUAGGGAUUUCACGUUCUGCUGCCACUGAGAAUCUUGGCCAUUUCAACCGACCAAUCAGUGCUCAUACCUUCAUAUACUUAAAUAUUUGACUUUUCCCCAAAGAUACGGGGCGAACACUUUUUCAUGGCAAACCACAUUGUGUUCAAGGAUCCAAAUCAUCAGUGUAUGCCUGCUGUAUCCUUGAUUUAAAGAGCCAGUGAGUCGUACUGUGGUUCGUUGCUAUAAGUAACUCUUGGUAAACUUUAAUUUUGUGGGGGGGGGGGGGCGGUGGAGCUGGUUCUACAUGUUUCUCUGUACUGUGUGGAGAUUAAAGGGCAUGUAAAGGAAAAAAAAAAUCCAAUUUUUACUUUCUUUAAAGGGAUUCUGUCAUGGGAGAAAUUUUUUUUUUCAAAAUGAAUCAGUUAAUAGUGCUGCUCCAGCA